AUGGUGAACAUGCCUAAGACCCGCCAGACAUUCUGCAAGAAAUAUGGGAAGCACCAACCCCACAGGGUGAUGCAGUACAAGAAGGGCAAGGAUUCUCUGUCUGCCCACGGAAAGCGGCAUUAUGACAGGAAACAGAGUGGCUAUGGUGGGCACACUAAGCCUAUUUUCCACAAAAAGGCUAAAACUACAAAGAAGAUUGUGCUGAGACUGGAGUGCAUUGAGUCCAACUGUAGAUCUAAGAGGAUGCUGGCUAGUAAGAGGUGCAACCAUUUUGAAGGGAGGCAACAGAAGAGAAAGGGCCAAGUGAUUCAGUUCUAA